AUCAUUGUUUGCUUGUGCUGCGAGUGCGACCUGUCUUCCAGUUUGUUGCAUCGAAAUCCUGUUUCCGAAAAUGAUUCCCAGGAGAAAGCACAAGCCACGGGCUAGCCCAAAUCCAACGCUCUAUAUUUCUUCCUCCUCGUGCUCUUUCUUGAUUUGCACAUGGACAGUGACUUGCGUUGCCAGCAAAGAGCCAUCCUGCUAGGCCUUUUGCCAACAUCUCCGUAGAUCACAUACCAGAGCAGGUAGACAGAAGAAUGGAGAGGAAGAAGAAGGGGUGGUUCGAGCGCAUCAAGAGGCUCUUCAUCUCCGAGCCCAAGCAGAAACCCAAGCCAGACAAGAAGGUGAAGAGCAAGAGAUGGCUGGUGGGGAAGCUCAAGACCCAGCACUCGUUUGCCCUGCCAGCUCCGGAGCCGGAGCCGGAGCCGGCGACGGAUCAGAUUCAGAUAAGGCAGGCGGAGGAAGAGCAGAGCAAGCACGCGGUGGCGGUCGCGCUCGCCACAGCGGCGGCCGCAGAGGCGGCCGUCGCGGCCGCCCACGCGGCCGCGGAGGUGGUCCGCCUCACAGGGCCGCCCUCGCCGGCGCCGACGCGUGAGCGUGACCCCACGUAUUCCGGCCACGAACUGUUCGCCGCCGUCGCGAUCCAGUCAGCGUACCGUGGAUACCUCGCGCGGAGGGCACUGCGCGCGCUCAAGGGCCUGGUGAGGCUGCAGGCGGUGAUCCGCGGGCAGGCGGUGCGGCGGCAGACGGCGGCGACGCUGCGGGGCCUCGAGUCGCUGGUGAAGAUCCAGGCCCGGCAGCGGGCCAGGGCCGACGUCGAGCACGAGCACGAGCACGGCGGCGACGGCAUGGACGCCCUGCUGAGGAGAGGCCGGGAGCUGUACGCGGCCGCGCUGCAGGAGCAGCAGCAGAACAGCAGGGGGUGGGACGGCAGCACCCUCUCCAAGGAAGAGAUGGGCGCCGUGAUGAGGAGCAGGGAGGAAGCCGCCAUCAAGCGCGUGCGCGCGCUGCAGUACGCCUCCAUCCAAAACGAGAAGAUCGGCAUCAGGAGGCAGCCCAUGUCCAGGGACGAGAUGGAGACGCUCAACCAGCGCUGGAGCUGGCUGGAGGAGUGGGUCGGCUCGCAGCCGUUCGACAAGGACGUGGCCAUAGACGUGAUCACCCACCCCCACCCGCCGCCGCCUCGCUCCAGGGACUCCCUCACCUGCCUCGAGGACGACGACCACGACGAUGACGGCUACGGCAGGCGGCUCGGCUACUCGUCCAGGCGGUCCUUCGGCCGCGCCCGGCGCACGCCAGGGAGGGGCGACGACGGACUGCAGGCCUGCUCGCCGGCGGCGGCGUUCCCGGGGUACAUGGCGUCCACGGCGUCCGCCAAGGCCAAGUUCCGGUCCAUGAGCACGCCCAAGGAGCGCUUCGCCGUGCCAUCCGACGCGUACUCGGAGCAGUGCUUCCCGUCCUUCGCCGACCGCCUCAUGUCACCGAUCCCGUCCAUGUCGCCGAUGCCGUCCAUCGCCAGCGACAUGGGCUUUGCUCGCUCCAGCAGGCCGCCGGUUGCGCAGCGGUCGCCGCGUGUCAAGGCGGGCCCAAUGACGCCGUCGAGGACCCGCUCCAGGAGGUCCCCGAGCCGCCACAGCUUCGGCUCCGAAGCCGCGCUGCACCAGAUGCAGAUGGAGCAUUACACCCCUAUUCGCUAGACACAAAACAAACUUCUUUGUAAUGUGGCCAACGCUGCCUUGUUUGGCGGGCAUGCUCUCGCUGGGUCUGACCAUGGAAACCUUCUCAAACUGACUGUGCUUGCGAUAAGGAUAAUGCAAUAUGGAUCUGCAAACUUUCCAAAUGA